AUGCGAUUUCUAAAACUGCUCUACUUGCUCCUGGUGGACACCGGACAAUCAAUUUGGUUAUUCCUGCCCGGAAGAAAGAAACGACUUGGGGGAAAGCGAACCAUGGCAAAGCUGAUACUCUCUACCGGGAACAUCGUCUCGGGCGGCCCCUCCAUCAUCCGCAAGCCGGGCGCAUAUCGAUCCAACCUUGAACUCACCAAUUCGCUCCGAAGCAACUUCCUGGCCGCACAGGAGGAUUACGCUACCGCCGCCGCCGACGACGAAGCCCAGGACGGGAAGCUACAUGCUAACGGCGGAGUCGAAAAUGGCGCAGCGAAGAGCAAUGGCAAUGCGCUGCACGUAAACACAGAGACGGGCGGACGCCCUCCAGUAUCGGUCUGGACUGCCGAAGAGGAUGGCGCCCUGUAUGUACCCCGCAUCGAUUGGUCAGAGGCGGGCCUGCAGGAAGAGCCGUCGCAAUACAGCAUCACGGUCAAGCUCUUUUUCUUGCCGUCUGCCUCUGUCGAAAGGCGGGCGCAGUUUGCAAAGGAGGCGCUGGACUUGGUGCUGAAGGAGCUGGAUGCGCCAGCUAUCGACCUGCUGAUUGUAUCCUUCCCCGGCAUGUCCUUUGAGGGCGACUGCGAAUGGGAAGCCGACAGACACAACGCGGUUCAGGGCAACGACGAGCAGGAGCUCGCAACUUGGGCGGCGAUUGAGGACUUGCACAGAGCUGGACUGGCCAAGAGCAUCGGCCUGGCCGAGUUUGGCAGCGAGAAGCUCGCUCGCUUCCUCCAGAGGGUACAAGUCCGGCCGUCGGUCAACCAGAUUAAUAUCAAGAACUGCUGCAAUGUACCACCACCACUCACGAAGUUGGCCAAGGAGGAAGGUAUCGAGCUGCUGGCGCAUAGCGACUGCAUCGACAUUCUUCCCGAGGGAACACUGAGGGAGCUGCUCGGCCAGGGGCUCGGUGGAGCUGGUAUACUCGCUGAUCCAGAGACGGGAGCCGGUGGACUGAAGGGAGAUUUAGCACCGCAAUGGGUUGCCAAAUACACAGCCGUGGUGCGGGACCGGGGGGUGAUUGAGAAUAAGGGGUACUUUGCCGGUGCUGAGCUGACAGAAGGUUGA